AUGACUCCACCGACUCCACCUCGUAAGGUUUUGAUGGUCGUCACUGUGGGCGGCUACACUCACGCUGCCCCCGGUCUAGAGAUUGGAAAGGUUCUCGCUCAGCGAGGCCACGUCGUUGACUUUGCGACUCUGGAGGGUCAAGAGUCAUGGACCAUGGGCUACGAGUAUAUCAGCCAACUUCACCUCAUGGGUCACGGGCCUUCACAUGAAGAUCUCGAAGCUUAUUAUCUCCGCAUGCAAGAGUAG